GCCACGAAAACAAACAAGCCCACGUCUCUGUCCAUCUCUCUCAUUUCAUUCCGCAUUUCUCAAGUUUACUUCCUUUGAACAUAUAAUCUCUCUCUUCUCUUACAAAAUGUCAAGGUUCCUAAGAAGUUGACGGAACCACUAAACAAACAGCAAUAGGGGUUGCAACUUUCUUAUUGUGAACAACUUUAGGACUGAUUUGAUUCCAUUCCAUUAAGCAUUUGCGCGAGUAGGUGGCUUCCAUCAAGACCCAUCUUUCAGAAAGCUUGAUAUUUUUGAUCGUUCAUUGGUUCUAUGGAUUCUGAUUUCUGGACCUCGCGUCUCGCCGCCGCCAAACGCCAAUAUGCGUUUCAGCAGCAUCAAAGUUCCCAAUUAGAUCGGUUGGGAAUCUAUGAUUUCGUUGUGGAAGACGAGGUUCGACCUGAUUAUUCAAGCUCCUAUGAAGACGUCGACAUCGCGUCCUUGUGUUCGAAUCUCGAAGACGAGCACGCGUGUGAAUCUAGAGCUACGAUUUGUCCAAUAUGCUCAGUUAAAGUUGCAAGGGACAUGUUAAGUCACAUAACACUGCAGCAUGGACACUUGUUUAAGUUGCAGAGGCGACGCAGGUUACGUAGAGUUGCUGUUCCAAGCAGUCAGGCUCUAUCCCUCCUGGGCCGGGAUCUUCGCGAGGCUCAUUUGCAGGUCCUUCUAGGCGGCGGCGGCGCCAGCAGUGGUGGAGGAUACCGGUCAAACAGUGUUAACGCGUCCAGUGCUGCAGCUACUGAUCCAUUCCUGUCCUCCCUUAUUUUUAAUGUUCCUGCUUCUGAAGCAGAAGAUAUUUCAAAAUCCGUAUUGACAGCUUCUGAAGACUCUUCCCCAAAGAACCCAGCGCCAUCGCAUAUAUGGAAAUCAAGCAGUUUUGAUGCGUCGUUGAGUAAUGAAGAGCGAGAGAGAAGGAUGAGGCAGGCCGCUGGGAGAUCUGGGUUUGUGCAGGAUUUGUUUCUGUCAACUUUGUUAGGCGACUGAUUUGGAAGAUGCAAGUUUCUUAAAAGAAAUGAAUGGCAAAUCCCCAUUCAUUCUAAGGAUCUUGAUGAAGGAUUUCAAGAUAUUCGUUAUAAUUGUCCAUUUACACCAACCUUUUAUAGAGAGAGAGUCUCCUUCGUAAUUGUAUUAUUUCUUUCAUUAUUAAAGAAAAAAGAAAAAAAAGGGGAAACUAGUUUUUUAGCUGUCAGUCAAUGCUCCUUGUAAUAUAUGCAUCUGCUUGUCUUGUUUUAUUAUUGUUUGACGUAUUGUUUCCUCGCGUUCAAGUUAUUUCAAUCAAAUUUUACUAGUUUUGCAAAAAA